GGGGCGCCGCCGCGGCCGUCCCUCGCGCCGGCAUGGCGGUGUGCGCUCGCCUCUGCGGCGUGGGCCCGUCGCGGGGAUGCCGGCGACGCCAGCAGCGCCGGGGCCCGGCUGAGACCGCGGCGGCCGACAGCGAGCCGGACACGGACCCCGAGGAGGAGCGCAUCGAGGCGGGCGCGGCGGCGCUGGCCGGGGCGGGGGGCGGCCGGGGCGCGGGCCCCUCGUCGCCCCCGCGCUGCUCUCUGCUGGAGCUGCCGCCGGAGCUGCUGGUGGAGAUCUUCGCCUCGCUGCCCGGCACCGACCUGCCCAGCCUGGCCCAGGUCUGCACCAAGUUCCGGCGCAUCCUGCACACCGACACCAUCUGGAGAAGGCGCUGCCGGGAGGAGUAUGGCGUUUGCGAGAACCUGCGGAAGCUGGACAUCACGGGCGUGUCUUGUAGAGACGUCUAUGCCAAGCGUAUAAACCCUCGCGUCAAGUCGGGACGUUUCAUGAAAAUUCUUCCCGAUUACGAGCACAUGGAGUACAGAGAUGUUUACACCUGCCUGCUCCACCGCUACAGACACAUCCUGGGGCUGUGGCAGCCAGACAUCGGGCCCUACGGAGGACUGCUGAACGUGGUGGUGGACGGCUUGUUCAUCAUUGGCUGGAUGUACCUGCCUCCCCACGACCCUCAUGUGGACGACCCCAUGCGAUUCAAGCCCUUGUUCAGGGUCCACCUGAUGGAGAGAAAGUCUGCCACGGUGGAGUGCAUGUAUGGCCACAGAGGGCCCCACAAUGGCCACAUCCAGAUUGUGAAGAAGGACGAGUUCUCCACCAAGUGCAACCAGACGGACCACCACAGGAUGUCUGGCGGGAGGCAGGAGGAAUUCCGCACGUGGCUGAGGGAAGAAUGGGGGCGGACACUGGAGGACAUUUUCCACGAGCACAUGCAGGAGCUCAUCCUGAUGAAGUUUAUCUACACUAGUCAGUACGACAACUGCCUGACGUACCGCCGCAUCUACCUCCCGCCCAGCCAUCCGGACGACCUCAUCAGACCCGGCCUCUUCAAAGGCACCUAUGGCAGCCACGGCCUAGAGAUCGUCAUGCUCAGCUUCCACGGGAAGCGGGCCAGGGGCACGAAGAUCACGGGCGACCCCAACAUCCCUGCUGGGCAGCAGACGGUGGAGAUCGACCUCAUGCACCGCAUCCAGCUGCCCGACGUGGAGAGCCUCCGCAGCUUCAACGAGCUGUCCCGCAUCGUCCUGGAGGUUCGGGAGCAGGUGCGCCAGGAGCAGCAGCAGCGGGAGGACGGGGCCGAGGAUGGCGAGGGCCGCGCCCCGCAGAGCCCCCUCGAGCCCCAGCGGGGCCCCGCCCAGCCCAGCGUGGAGCUGCCUGCCGAGAAGGGCGGGGGCCCUGCGGACGGAGAGGCCGCGGCCGCGGCGGCGCCUGCACCCGAGCAGCCGGCCCAGUCCGGGCAGGGGCAGCCGUUCGUGUUGCCUGUGGGCGUGAGCUCGCGGAACGAGGACUACCCCCGCACCUGCAGGAUGUGUUUUUACGGCACGGGCCUCAUCGCCGGCCACGGCUUCACCAGCCCUGAACGCACUCCUGGAGUCUUUAUCCUGUUCGACGAGGACCGCUUCGGGUUCAUCUGGCUGGAGCUGAAAUCCUUCAGCCUGUACAGCAGGGUGCGGGCCACCUUCCGGAACGCAGAGGCGCCGUCCCCACAGGCUUUCGAGGAGAUGCUGAAGAACAUCCAGUCCCUGACCUCCUGACGGGCCACUUCCUGUGGGGCGGCUCCCGGGGCCCCGGACCCUGCCGCCCGGGACAGGAAGCAGCAUGCACUUUGGAGAUUUGGCCUUCUGACCAGAACACCCACCUCGUAGGAGUCUCGGCCCAGCCACCCCAAAACUCUGUACAGAGUGUGCGACGUAUGCCCGUGUCCUCGUCAGUAGCUCAUGGGAAGGCUGACUGAGCUUGUCUCACAGAAAGAAUGGCCCAGGACAGAACUGAUGGAGAGGGCUGGCUGCACAGUUUUGUGAACAACUCAGCUGGAGAAACUGGGUUUGUCCUUGGCCUGCUGAACGUUUUUUGGGUCAGGCAGAGCGACCCUGGGGGCUAACGAUCGGGAUCAUGCGUGAGGCGAGUGACCGUGGCUGCGGUCUGGCAAGGGUCUGGGGCGAGGGCCUCUGUGAGGUGAGCGUUCUACAGCCUGGGUGGGGCACUGUGGGGCAGUGAGGGAGCUCCAGGGGGUCGGGCGUAUCAGGCCAGGACCCUGGACUGAAUUCCUGUGUCUUUACUAACCUGCUUGGAUUUUGGACAGAAGCAUUUCACCUCUGAUUGGCUUGUGGAUCAGCGCAGUGGGGUUAGUGAUACGGGUCAGUAGGAAACGUCAUGGCGGGCCUUUGGGCAGCUUGGAGGCCCUGGCCUCUCUCCAGCUUUAGAAUCAAGACCUUUGCUGCAGCCAAUUCGAGGCAGGGCAUUUGUUUGCACACCCCCCCAUCCACCUCCUGCACAUGCUCUGGUGUCAGAACCCUGAGCUGAGCCACUUGUCCCAGAACCUUCUUCAGAAUUCUGCAGGGCCACAUCUGAACCAGCCCUGCCUUUUCCCAUUUGCUUAGUAUACACAGGUGCUGUUCUCGGAAGUGUUAAAGCAGCAGAGUGGUUGCACAAGAUGACUUUGGAGCCCCUUUGUGGGUAACAGGGCAGCUUUCUAGAAAAGUCACCCAUACAUGUGGAAUGCACUUUGGAGACCAGGGCAUCUCGGGAUCCUCCAGUGUGGAGACCCUGAGCACGGACGCUUCUGCCGGUGGUGUGCCCGUGUCCCAUGGACACCUGCGCUUGGGGACCCACUGUUGUAAGGUCUCUGCUGAUCUUAGUGUCUCCUGAAGAACAGAGCCCUGAAUGCACGUAGACCCC